CCGACGAAGACGAGGAUAAAGAUGACGACUUCCGAGCUCCGCUCUAUAAGAACGUGGAGAUCAAAGGCAUCCAAGUUCGGAUGAAAUGGUGCGCCACUUGCCACUUCUACCGCCCUCCACGUUGCUCCCACUGCAGCGUUUGCGACAACUGCGUUGAGGUAACGGGUAAGUUCCGUGGAGGAGUCAAUCCUUUUACUCAAGGAUGCUGCGGGAACGUGGAACAUGUCCUCUGUAGCCCCCUGGCUCCUAGGUACAUUGUGGAUCCCAAGAAGAAGGAGAUGGCAAGCGUGAAGCCCCCUUUCCUGAGGCCGGAGCUAAAGGAGCGACAGAUCACAGUCAAAAUAAGUGACAACGGUGUUCAAGCCAACCUCAACCAGAGCAAGGUGAAGCAUUCCUCUAAAAUUAGUCUAGAAGCGCUGGAUGAAAAUACCAUGGAUAUGCAGCCUCCACUUCCACCCAAAGGGGAUUCCAGUAAAUACAGCGAACUGGGAAGCACCGAAGAGAGCAGCCUUUCUCCCAAGCUGAUCAGCCCUUCCACACCUGCCAUGUACAAAUAUCGCCCUGCUUUCAGCAGCAACUCUAAAGUCCACUACCAUGGAACAUCUGAGCAGAUCUCCCUCCAGGAAGGACUCCGGCAAAGCUCCCUGGCCGAUGACAACGACAGCAGCCUGGAUUAUCAAUCCGAGCCCAGCAUGGAGCUCCCCAACUACCGGAAGAGUUCCCUUCACAAGACCUAUCAGUCUUCUCCGCUCCAAGCCGAUUCUUUUGCCUCCAACUCCAGAUCCCUCAGCCUGAAAACGGGUGCCCGGAGAGGCCCCGAAAAGCUGGCCCUCCACCCCAUGAAAUCUGAAGGGGCAGCCUCGACCCCCUACAAAAGCAUCUUUGCCCCCAAUUCCCUCUCCAACAGGAACGGGAGCUUAUCCUACGACAGUUUGCUCAACCCCAUUUCCCCGGCCGGGAAGCGGUGCGUCGCGCAUGCCGCAGUGGGCUCCGUCGGAUACCACUCGCCAUAUUUGUCUGCCAAAAUGUGCCAUCUGCGGGGAAGGGAACUCCAGCGCCAGUCUCCCCAGACCUUUAGCCCCGGUGGGCCAGCCCCGCACCCUCGCGACCCUUCCCCGGUCCGCUACGACAACUUGUCGAAAACCAUUAUGGCGUCUAUCCAAGAAAGGAAAGAGAUGGAGGAGAGAGAGAAGCUCCUGCACUCUCACCCAGACUCCGUGUUUGCCGAUUCGGGGGUGUACGACACCCCGAGUUCUUACAGCCUUCAGCAAGUCAGCCUGCUCUCGGACGAUCCCCGUAGCUUAGUCCUGAGAUACGGCUCCAGAGACAAUUUGAUGCCCCAUAGCAGCUUCAGCGCACGCAACCCGGCUUUGCAGACGUCCGUUUCUUCCCUCUCCAGCGCUAUGACCCGAGUGUCAAGGACUUCCACACCUUCUCUCCAAGCAGACCUAGCCAACAACAACAUUCAAGCCCAUCAGGCACUGCAGAGCCGGAUGAGUAACGGCUCCUACAAAUCGCCAAGCCACCAAGUUCCUUCAUCUCCAAGCAGUGGGAUCCCGCAUUCUCCCUCGUACGGGGCUGCGAAAUCCGUCUCCUUCGUUAACACUAUGGAGCUAGCGGAAGCCCAGUCGAUAGGCACCGCAAGGUAUGGAGAGUUCUAG